GGGUUGCGUCGGUUAUCUCAAUGCGGUAGGUAGGUACCUCGGCAGAGACGAAUCUAGUCGGCAAACGUCAGCCACUCUCUCUUGCCGAUGCCGAAUGACCAGACAGCCGAUACUGGAAGCCUCGCGACUAGCUGCUAACUUCUUACUGAAUUCGUCUGUCCUAUCUAGAUCGUGGAUGAUGUGAUCUCGGCAUGUAGGCACACGCUGCACUGCAGUCGCUAAGUACUGCCGGUAGUUCGACAUGCUGCGUUAGCUUUGCUCAGAUGAUUGAGAUUACAUAUGGAGAAGAACGGCAAGUUCUGUGAUCCCUCAUCCCUCUUGUCUGAAGAUAGUUAUCUGCAACUCUUAUUGCUUGAGCCGCUAGUAUGACGGCGUUUCUCGUUGACGAAAGAAGUGUUCCAACGCCAGCGGCAAAGCCGCAUGGCGUCGCCAGGGCACCAGAGACCGAAGGCGAGCUACCCAAAGUCAAAAAUGCAACACCAGUCAAGCCAGUUACCAACGGGACAUCUACCAACGACUCAUACACACAUGAGACCAUGAAUGGAGACGACAACACAACGCAGGACCCUUUCAAGCUCGCCAAGGAGUUUGCCUGCACCCCACGCAAGAUCAAAGUCUUCACCAUCGGCGCAGGCUUCAGCGGCCUGCUGAUGGCUCAUAAAUUUCAACAUCGCUUCCCUGAAAUGCAAGACAUUGUUGACCACACCAUAUUCGAGGCACAUCACGAAGUGGGUGGGACUUGGCUUGUCAACAACUAUCCCGGUGUCCAAUGUGACGUUCCAGCACAUAUUUACGCAUUCCCCUUUGACCCAAAUCCGGAAUGGACGAGAUUCUACGCAAGUGGCUCCGAGAUACUAGAGUACUUCAAGAAGACGACAAAGAAGUGGAAUCUAGAUCGUGACCUGCAGCUGAACACAAAAGUCGUUGGGGCGAAUUGGCAUGACUCUGAAGGCAUGUGGCAAGUCGAGGUCGAGCACACACGCACUAAAGAGAGGAGGAAGGAAUGGUGUCAUGUCUUAGUCUCCGGGCAAGGCGUUCUUGUGCACGAGAAUUGGCCAAAGAUCCCAGGGUUUGACAAGUUCAAGGGUCAUGUCGCACAUUCGGCACGAUGGGACCACAGCUACGACUACUCGAACAAACGAAUUGCAGUGAUUGGAAACGGCUCAAGCGGUAUUCAGAUCGUACCCCAGAUGGCUAAACUACCCGGAACAACCGUUCAGAACUUCAUACGUGGCGGAGCAUGGGUUUACUACCGUGCGCCACCAUCCAAGCACAUGGGCCGUGAAGUUGACGAUCCAAACCCUGCCUACACAGAAGCCGAGAAGGAGAUGUUUAGAGACCCAGUGCAGCAUCAGCAGUACCGCAAGGGUAUUGUCUCGCGAACAAACAAAUCGUUCUACAUUUUCCUCAAGGGCGAUAACAAUGAGAAGGGAAUGAAAGCGGCGACAGCACAGAUGGCAGAAAAGCUGGGCUACAACAAGCAGCUCUGUGACAUGUUGAUUCCGAAGUGGGAAUUGGGGUGUAGGAGGAUUACUCCCGGUCCGGGUUAUCUUGAGUCCUUCAUGCGAGAUAACUGUGGAUGUACCAACAGUCCUACCACAGAAAUCACAGAGACUGGCAUCACAACAGCAGACGGAAAGCACUUUGAGUGCGAUGUCAUCAUCUGCGCUACCGGUUUCGAUGUGUCACAUCGCCCUCGCUACCCUCUUAUCGGCCAGAACAACAUCAAUCUGCGCGACAAGUGGGCAGAAGACCCAGAGUCGUAUGUUUCAGUCAUGACACCAGACUUCCCAAACUAUCUCAUGUACAUGGGUCCGAACUGUCUAGGCGGACAUGGCUCCUUGGUCGAAUCUCUCAACUGGACAGGCGACUAUUUCGUAAAGUGGAUCAAGAAGAUGGCGCACGAAGACAUCAAAUACUUCACUCCCAGACGUGACAAAGUUGAUGCUUUUAUGAAGUACCAAGAUGAGGUCCAUAAGACGCUGGUUUGGAGUGGUGGUUGCUCAUCAUGGUAUAAGCGAGGCCGUGUCGAUGGGAGAGUAACAGCACUCUUUGGUGGCUCUGCUCAGUUAUUCAACCGGCUGAUCACAGACAUCAGAGGGGAAGACUUCGAUAUUACAUAUCGUACGGCGAAUCCUUGGAGGUUCAUGGGUAAUGGCUUCAUGGAAUUUGAGAUGAAAGAUGAGACAGACCUAUCGUGGUACGUUGAAAUUGCCGAAGAAGCACAAGGGAAGGGCCCAAAUAGGGACGACAAAGCAAUUAGGCUUGAUGCAUAUCAUUAGACACGAUGCUCGAAUCUCAAGUUUGAGCAAUAAUAUUGC